AACUAUUUUUUUUACACAACAAUUUUCCAAGAUGGCUGCGUCUGAGUCUGAGGGAGCGGCUGUCGCCGAUCAUCCAGAGUAUAUCCAACAAAAUUCCAUGCCUGAAGACGAUCCAAACAAAAAUGAACAGCCUCUGUCGGUUGAAGGGAACCAGCGACGAUGGGGUCCUCAACAUGCCGGUGCUAAGGAGCUCGCCAAUCUGUACUCUGGCGGGAAGCGACUACAAGAGAUUCUCAGUGUUGGGAUGUGCUUCCCCCUGCUUGCUGCCACAUUUGGGUUUCUUUGCUACCAUUUUCAGUGGGACAACUCUCUCGCAAUCCUUCUGUCUGCAGCUGACUUCUUCUCUGGCUUGGUUCAUUGGGGAGCAGAUACCUGGGGCUCAAUAGAUGUCCCUGUGGUCGGCAAGAAUUUCUUGCGUCCCUUCCGAGAACAUCACAUUGACCCAACAGCAAUCACUCGUCAUGACUUCAUUGAAACAAAUGGCGACAACUGCCUUCUUACCGUCCUGCCUCUAGCUUACCAAGUCUACAAGUUUGUAACUCUGAGCCCCCAAGAGAUCCACAACACAUACACGUGGGAGUGCUUCAUCUUCUUCGUGGCCUUCUUUGUGAUGCUGACCAACCAGAUCCAUAAAUGGUCGCACACCUAUUUUGGCCUGCCGCGGUGGGUGACGUUUCUACAGGACUACCACCUCAUCCUGCCGCGACGCCACCAUCGCAUCCACCACGUCUCACCACAUGAGACGUACUACUGUAUAACAACAGGAUGGGUGAACUAUCCUUUGGAGAUUGUGAACUUCUGGUCUCGCUUUGAAGAGCUCAUCACGGCAGUUACAGGGGCCAAGCCGCGUGCUGACGACAUGAUGUGGGCCAAGAAAUCUGAUUAAGGAACAGGAGCUUGUCGUCCAUAACGUCCCUAUCUCUUCUGCAUUCUACAUAACCUUGUAAUAAGUACAGUGAAGUAAAUGAGAAUGAUAGAAUUUCCUUCAUCUAACCUUUCUACUUUGCCCAAGGCAUCACCAAAAAUGCUGUAUUUUGACGUGUUGUGAUUUAGACAUUGACGGUGAAGUAUUGGUGUUUACUUGCCUUGCCAAACAUUUUAAAUAUUGCUGUGCAGUGCUUCGAGAGAUAUAGGGAGUGUUGUGGACAACAGUGCAAAAGCCUACCUGUAUAGCUGCUACACUUACCAAACAAUGCCUUGUCACUUGGCUGCAGUUUAUAUGCAAAUGGUACUGAUUGUCAUCAAUUUUUACACUUAUAAAAAAAAUCAAAGAAAGGCUAGAAAACAAUUCACUACAAUUCACCUUAAGGGAGAUAAAAUUGAUUAAACAUGAAUGUUGUUUUAAAUUUAGUUUAUGACUCAAUAGUUAGGAAAGUUGUUUAAACCAUCACACAGCCGAAUUGCACUGCGUACUUGAAAAAUCAUGCUUCAACUCAAUUGAGGAUUACAAAAGAAGAGCAAAAGGUGUUUUCUAUUAAUAAUAAAGUGAAUUUGUUUACAACAUUUGUUAAGUAAAUCUCUUUGUAUUUGAUUUAUACAUAAAGUAUUUGAUUUAUGCAAA